CUAUGUGAAGCUAGCGAUAUAUUUUGUUGUGAAGGUUUUCUUAUUUAAUCCUCCCAAAUGCCCAAAUUUUUAUUUCUGUUUAUUACAAUAGUGAUUGGAAACCCGUCAAUCAAUCGAGUAUUGAAAAAUAAUUGCAAAUCCAGCUUGCUGAUCUCAUGGAAUCCACAUAAAAAUGCAGUCGGAUUUCCUCACAGAAUCUAUCUAACGUCCGCUGUAUUGAAAAGGGAAAAUAAAACUAUUUGGAUAGAUUCACCAACAUCUGGAGAACAAACACUUGAAGUUAAUGAAUUUUCAUCCAUUGCUAGAUCCAAAGUUGAGAUUACAGCAUGUGUGACCAAGCUUGAAUGCCAUCCCACCCAUUCUGCGAUCAAGACCAUCAUGACCGGUGAAAUAAACCAGCCGAUUGAGCCAGUACUGCUUGCUCAGUACAAAGAUAACCAAACAUGUGUAAUAUCCUGGACGAUGUCUAACAAUAUAACAAGCAAUACCGGCCCCUAUUCUGUGAAACUGCACCUAAUCUCUACUGUUAUUGGAUCCUUGCAUUCGUCAAAACAAAUGAUCAAUGUAACAACAUCGUCAAUUUCAUCAAGGUAUUGGUUUGAACCGGAAACAAAUCACGAGUACUCGGCUUCCGUACAAGACAUUUAUUGCAAUAGUCCACCUGUUGAUGCAAUUGGUUCUUGCACUGGUUUUUUAAAAAACAAAACGUCGUUCGAAUUUGACACCUUGAGUUUUGUUAUCGGGUUCAUAAUUCCUCUCCUACUUCUAUUUAUUGCAACAAUGUGUAUUAUCCGACAAAAACAACAGAUAAACAAAUUGAAAGUAUCUCCAAUUGCAACAGACCACAACUACGAAACCAUAUCUAAUAAAGCACCAAAGCCUAACCACCGCUCCCACAUCUCGGAUUCAUAUACUCAUCAAGAAACGGUUGUCUAUGAGAAACCACUUCCUUUAACAAGGAUGCAAAUCAAUGUGGAAUCAGCCUACGAACCGUACAAUGCUUGAAUUUGACAUGAAGUUGAUAGACCGAUUGUCCAAUUAAUAAUAAGUUUUGUCAAUUCCCCUGUUUAUGAACAACAAAUUUUGAUUAGUUAAAUUU